AUGUCUCUCGAUCAAACUUCAUCUCCACCACCUCCAGAAUCCAACAAUUUACUCUCCUGUUGUUCCUUCAAUGUUCAUCACUUCUCCACUGCAUACGGAAGGAGUAACCUCACCGAAUUAUACAAAUAUUUGCAUAAAAACAAUUUCGACAUUGUCUGCCUGAAUGAAGUUUAUGAAGAUAGCGAGUAUUCUCAUCCUCUGAGAGAUUUGGUUUAUGCAUUGAAUUCAUCAUUACCUGAGGAGGUGGAAGUGGCUCGGCCCUAUCAAUAUCGGUCUGGACCCACUAAUUAUGAGUCGAAUAUUAUUCUGAGUAAAUAUCCAAUUCUAUUUCAGGAAAAGAAAGAUGUUGGAAGAGGUGAAAGAUCAGUACUUGGUAUUAAAAUUGAUCAUCCAUUGGUGAGGAAUGUAUUUGUGACUCAUUUGGAUCAUGUGAGUGAAAAUAAGAGAGUGUUACAAUUGAAGAGAGUCUUGUCUUUUAUGAAACACUUUAUUGAUAGGAAAUUGGUGGAUUAUCCAAACGAUGAGAAUAAGAAUUUCAUUCUUCUUGGAGAUUUUAAUUCAAUGAGAAUGGAUGAUUAUACGGAUAAGUUUUGGGAUUAUCUCAUUAAGCAGAGAAUUCAAUAUGGUUGGGAAGCUCCAGAUACCCAAAUAUUGAUGAGAAAUUUACACAUCAAGGAGUGUGAGAAAAUUCACAAAGUGCCAUUCCACAAGUAUUUACUCAUUUCUUCUCUAUUUCCAGUAUUGGAUUGUCAUGGGAUUCAAAUCAGAAUGGAUGGUGAAUGGAAUCAAGCUUAUUCCAAUUCUAAUAAUUGUAAUAGUGAAAUUGAAAAUGAAAUUGCAGAGCUAAAAGUUUCACCUGGAAAAUUACUCCUCUGGAUGUGUAAUCGUCCAGUGCAUCCAAAUGAUGAAUUGGAGGGAUCUAGCGAUGAGGAGGAAAUUUACAUAGAUGGAGAGUAUGAGAGUAGUAGCAGUGAUGAUGAGGAAUAUGCCUAUGUGGAGACUAUCGAGAAUAUCAAAUAUAAUCCUCCAUGUGAAAUAUCUUUCAAACUAAAAGAUGCUAAAUGGAAUCCAUAUGGAGAGAAAUCAUUGAAAUACCACUUGAUUUCCAAUAAGCCACAUGAGGAAAGAGUGGAAGAUUACAAAAUGUGUGACAUUUUUACAUUUUGCUCAAGACCUCCAAGUAGUAACUAUGUUAGGAAGGGUCAUGAAAAGAAUUUUGAAUUGGCUGUCAAGAAAUUGAGAAGUAACUUGUUCAAUAACUUUGAGAAUAUCUAUACUCUCGAUUGGUCUGGUACUAUUUCAAGAAAUAGAUGCUGGAGUAUCUUUUGGCAAAAAGGAUUGGAAUGGUGGGGUUGUUUUGCCUUUACCUUAUACAAUAUUGAAAAGGGUGUAUUCAUUGUUACUCUUGCAUCAGAAUCUGACUAA